AUGGCUGAGCAUACGCUGGAAAGCCUCAUAGUCAUCGAUGACACUGACGCUGACUCUCCUGUGAGAUCUCCAAAAGAGAAGCCAUGCGAGGCAGAGACUUCGCAACCAACCAACAUGGACUCUCCCCGCGAGAAGAUGCCAAUUGCUCAUCGGGAACGUCAAACACCCCUCUCCCCUCGACAGAGACUCCACCGAAGACUUUGGAAAAGCUUUCUUAGCAGAAAUCUAGAGGCUAUUCACUGGGAGAAAAAGAAUGUGCGCUACAGUGGCUCGGUGUCACAUCACCAGAAACGCACCGUCGUCAUCAUUCUCAAGGCGAAGGUCGCACUACAAGCACAGCGCAUUGAGGACCUUUCAAAUCGCCUUAGGAAAUGCGAACAAGAGAAGCAAGAACUUGAGGACUUCCUGGACAAGACAGAUGAUGAUGCAGCUGACAUGGAGAGGAAGCUAGCGUUGGCGCUUGAGAAGGCCGCUGAUACGGAGGCAGAGCUGGCUCAGCGAGAGUCGAAUCAUCGAGAUGCCAUGAACAACCUCAAUCAUGAGUGUGAAAAGCUUCUGGAGCGGACCACGAAACUCGAGGUUCAAUUCGCAGCAUGUGAGGACACGAGAUUAAAGAGUCAACCUCUUGCAAACUCCAGCAAGGUUUCUGACGAGUCGACCACGGCCAUAUGGGCGAAGAUGCAGUACAACAUCGACUACCUUGCCAACCACGUUCUCACCGGCUGCCCCCAAGAGAGAGAUUUGAAGGACGGCAGCAUCAGCGAUUCCUGUUUCCUCAGCUCCAAUGGCAUCAACGAUUCCAUCGAACAGCAUCAAGACGAAGACAUGAGAGCCUUUGUUGUGGAACAUUACAUAUGGGAGGCUGUCAUUGGACGCUUCUUCGACACUGGCGUAGACGGAACGUACGGGAAGGCUUGGGCUGGCACGAUCGGAAUGUGUUUCACUACCUGCAUUGAGAAGCUGAUAUCCAUAUUCUACCGCAGACAAAUGGAGCCAACGAGGGUUUUCAACUGCAAAGCCGAGAUCGGAGAUAUGAUUGGCCAGCUGAUCGGCAUCGACGAAGCGGAGUUGCUUAGAGUCGAACAUAUGGAGAUCAUGGCCUUCGCCAAAUUCAUCCCCACGGAUUGCUCUGGUUACCAAGCCAAAGUUGAAAAGCUUUAUAAGAACAUCCACAAGAUAUUCGAUAAUGCACUGGAGCUCCGCGCGAUAUUCAUGGCGUCCGAAGCUUAUUUCUACACGGAUUGGUGCCGCAAGCGAAUAGCAGUUGGAGCCCGCAUUCGUUUCGAGGACAAGUCCAUGAAAGCCGAAGCUUGGGAGAAGGAGCCUCGCGGCAAUGGGAGCACCGUUCUUCUCAACAUCUCACCGGCUCUAAUGAAGGUUGGCACUGCCGAUGGCGACAGCUAUGGCUCUGACCUUAUGCUGGUGAAGGCGCGGGUUGUCUGCGACUAG